UUGUAUUAUUUUCGGGGUGCACUUAACGGUUUGAUCAUGUACGGUUAACGUACUAUGUGCUACUUAGCGAAUUUAUUAUCCAAGAUCACAAAAGAUAUUGAAAUUUAUAAGCUGUUUUUUUUCAAAUGUACGUAUACAUUGAGCGCCACCAACUCGAUAUUGUACUUUGCCAAAAACGAUUUCAUUAUAUUGGGUUGAGUUCUUGACUGUUUCACGCAUUUUAACGGCUAUAUUUUGUGUCGUCAUACAAAUAAUAUCCGGUCAACUAUUGAGGAACUGCAUGGAAAUUAAGAGAAAACGAACGCUCAAUAGUAAACAGUCAUAAACACUGCUGCACUACCCGAGAAGGUCAGGGUCCACGAACUACUCAGACGUCUGUAAUAUAAUGUCCUUCCUUGGUUUAGAAACGCCAACAUGGCUACUUAUUCUCUUCGUUAUAGUCCUACUGUAUGUCUACGGAACGUGGAACUUCUCGUAUUGGAAGAAUCGAGGCAUUUCCGGACCAAAACCCUUACCAUUUGUCGGCAAUUCCCUUGACAUUUUUUUGAAAACAACUCCCAUUCAUCAGGUCAUACUGGAGUACAUAAUAGAAUAUGGACCUAUCGUUGGAUAUUUUGAAGGACGAAAACGACAAAUCAUAAUUGGAGACCUGGAUAAGCUCCGACAGAUUUUCACCAAGGAUUUUAACCAUUUUCAAGAUCAUAGGAAGUUUAGUGACUUGGAUUGUAAGCCUUUUGACAAGGGGCUCAGUCAGUUGAAAGGACGUGAGUGGAAGAGGGUUCGAAACACAGUAACGCCAACAUUCAGCUCUGGUAAGCUCAAAAUGAUGGUACCAUUGAUCAAUAAUGCCUGUAAAACACUUCCUGGUAGGAUCGAUGACCUUAUAAAAGCAAAAGAUGACAUCAACGUGACAGAUAUGUAUGGUUGUUUGAUGAUGGAUGUUGUUGCAAGCACGAAUUUUGGUCUUCAUUUAGAUUCUGUAAAAAACCCAGAAAAUCCAUUCAUUAAAAACAUAAAGACCAUUCUUAACGGUGGACGUCUUUGGUUGUUCGUACUUGUAAUGAUGUUACCUGUAGUAGGGAAGAUUAUGAGGUUACUUGGUGUGGGUCUCUUUAAUUCGGAAUCAAUAAACUUCUUUACCGACGUCACAGAUCAGGUUGUGAAGGGAAGAAAGAGUGAUCCAAAUGAUGAGAGAGUGGAUUUCAUCAGAUUGAUGAUUGAUGCUCAUGAUAUGGAGAUAGAAAAAGAAGAAGAUGGACUCAAAAUAUAUUUCGAUGAUGAG